AUGGGAACACAGGAUGCAGCUUUUGGUUCUAGUGUCUUCCUUGCAUCCAUUGCUAUAUCAAAAGAGAGAGAAACAGAAACAUGGAGUAUGAAAUUAAUGGAAAGUUUUACACAGUUUGCAGCUGAAGCGAUUCAGACUUUUCACAAUGAAGUCUUCAGAUGUGCAACUGAUAAUGCUUUAAAUUGUCCAUCAAAGUUCAUCAUGUUCUUCUCCAUUAUCUUUCUGAUUAUAACCUUAAUCAACUCCCUUGAUCAGUGUUUCACCUCAUCAUUAUAUCCCCCUGCAGAACCCUCUUUCAAUCCGCCAAGGAAUGGCGAUAUCAUGUUCUCAGCGUCCCUCAUCCAUCGUAGCUCACCAGAAUCCCCCUUCUAUGACCCGAACUACACACGAGAGAAGCACAUACAGGAUGGGGUCCACACCUCUGUAGCACGAAGCCGCUACUUCAGCCAACUCAAUACAUUGACAAAAGACUACGUCGCAGCCCCAGUUUCUGGCUGGAACUUGCUUAUGAAAUACACCAUGGGAACACCAGCAUUCAAUAGUUAUGGUAUCUUUGAUACUGGAAGUAGUUUUACCUGGUUCCAAUGUCGCCCUUGCGUUCAUUGCUAUAAGCAAGGAAAUUAUCCGAUUUUUAACCCACAAAACUCAUCUACCUACCGACAUGUCCAAUGUAAAGACCAACAAUAUUGUUCCAUGGCACCUGGACAUUCAUGUGGAAGCUCUACUACUGAAGACCCUGACUUUCCCUUCUGCGUCUAUCAUGCUUCCUACAUGGACAGAUCAUCAAGAGGAGUAGUCUCGACGGAAACACUAAUUCUGUCAGCCGAGAAUACCUCAAGGACCUUGAGCAACAUGGUUUUUGGUUGCGGUCAUGACCACCACGAUAAAAGCCAUAGUCCAGGAGUUGUAGGUGUAGGCAACAAUAGUGUCUCCCUCGUUCGACAAUUAACUGUCUCUCAUUUCUCUCACUAUGUGUUCGCCAAUGGGACGCACAUACGGGGGGUAGCACACUUUGGGCCUGGAGCAUUCACAUCAGAUGUUGGGAUGACAACACCUCUUUUACCCAAUGAUUAUGGCCUCUACUACCUAAACCUAACAGGGAUCAGUGUGGAUGGAACAGAAGUCAACCUUCCAGAUGGGAUCUUUGAGAAAUCUAUAGAUAAGAACGGAACAGAAGUCGGAUUCAUCAUUGACUCAGGGGCCUCAUAUACAAUGCUUCGAGCUGAAGCUUAUGAUAUCUUGGUAAGUGUUAUCAUGGAUUUCAUGUCUGGGCAAACCCCCGAGAGCACUGAACACUUCGAGUUAUGCUACAGGGAUAUCAGUGAUGCUCCAGAGGUGGUUUUCCACUUUAAUGGCCUUGACUACAUGUUAUGUGAUGCAAAUUUAUGGAUAAGACACUCAGGACUAUAUUGCCUGGCUAUGAUCAGGCUCAAAGAAAGCGAAGGUAAGGUAUCGCUACUAGGAUUUCACCAGCAAAGGAAUGUUCACAUUGGGUAUGAUCUGGAGAACAACUUGCUCAGCUUAAUCUAUACAGGAGCUUGUCCUGAUGAUGCUGCCGAUUUUCUGCAAGGGUGAAGACAACAUUUGCUGUAUACAAUAACAACAUAUAACACUACAAUGACAAGAAGUUGAUACUGAAAGCAGAGAAUUUAAAGAUAGACCAGAUCCCAGUGCUUAAUAUCUCACAUUUAGGGGUGUUGGCAUAAUACAGAUGUAAAGAACUGAAGUCCUCUAAAUAAUCAGGGGAAAUCUGAUUCUUAUGCUAGAAAUUGCCUAAAAAUAAUGAUAAAAACUGGUAUAAUGGUCUUAGCUCGAAACAAAAGAGAGUACUUUGGUUAA